AUGGAUGCUGGUGCUGACCCUAUUUAUAGGUGGGCUCCACAGUCGGAGGCCCAGCCCUGCAACCUGAAUUUCCUGGCUCGCCAGAAAAAUGUUCAUCUGCGGCAUUUGGAGGUGUCGGAGCCGCCGCUCUCGAGAUUAGAACUGUGGGCCACUUACCUGGUUGUCCUUGGUCGGGGAGAGAGCCUGGCACGGUAUUUGGGUGUUCCUCUAUUAAGCGAUUUUGUGGAAGAGAAGUUCAACAAACUGUUCAGUACCUGCAGUCCGCCCCUGGCUGAAACCGACAAUGCUCAAGGUAGUAACAUGCUCAGCUGGGUUGAUGUUAUCCGUGAAUUCGAGUCUGACCAGGUUGAAUACACUGAUGAUGGCACGUGCCGCUUCCCUAUCCAAGGCCUGCUGGUCCAAAUAUCAGAAACCGAUUACACUAUUAUGCAGUCCGGCAUUCUUCAAAAGCUUCUCAAUCUGUGGCCGGAUCCAAGGGAUGUACAGGAAGAACUGGAGACAGUUGAGCUUGCAAUUGCGGAGGUGUCUGAAUGGAACCAAUAUGCUUUACAAGGUAGGACCGUCACUCCGUUCAACAAAACAACCAACUGCUUCAUUCCCUGAAGGAAAGAUUUCAUAUGCUGCAUGGCAGUUCUUGUCCGAGCCCCUUAUCUGAAACUCAAAGAUCUCAUGGCGCACUCGCGACAGAUGUUCCCCUGGAUUCAUCUCAAUCAGGUCCAGCGCCAGCCGGUGAAUGCAUUGACACCAAUACUGGCGUGACUGUUCCAGAUCCC